AUGGUAGCAAUGUCAUCUCUUCUUGUCAAUGGAAUUCCCCAAUUUCUUCCACAACCCACAUCACAAGUUGUGAAAGGCUCUUCCGUUCAGGUAAAACUUAAUCCCAAUUCUAUCAAAUUAAGAGCUUCAGCUUUCAAGGUUAGGGCAAACAGUUAUGAAGAUGAUCAAGUUGACAACUUCCUGAGAAGGGAUUAUAAGUGGGGAUUUAAUCAAGAAAUUGACUCAUUUUCGUUACCCAAUGGCUUAUCCGAGCAAACUGUUAGGUUAAUAUCUGCAAGAAAAAAUGAGCCUGAUUGGAUGCUUGACUUUAGACUUAAAGCAUAUCACAAGUUUUUGAAGAUGAAAGACCCAAACUGGUCUGACAAUAAAUACCCAAAAAUUAAUUUUCAAGAUCUCUGUUAUUACUCCGAGCCUAAGAAGAAGCCAACUUCGAAUAGUGUUGAUGAGCCUGCACCUAAGCUACUCGCCUACUUUGAUAGGCUUGGUGUUCCUCUCUUAGAAAACAAAAGCGCUAAUGUAGCGGUAGAUAUUGUUUGUGAUAGUGUUUCGAUUGCAACGACUCAUAAGAAGACUUUGGAGGAAAAAUCUGGCGUCAUAUUCUGUGCUAUAUCCGAAGCUGUAAGGGAGUAUCCAGAUUUGGUUAAGAAAUAUUUAGGAAAGGUUGUCCCUUAUGAUGAUAACUUUUAUGCAGCCUUGAAUUCUGCUGUGCAUGGUGAUGGGACGUUUGUAUAUAUUCCCAAGAAUGUCAAGUGUCCAAUGCAAAUAUCAACAUAUUUUAGGAUUAAUGCAAAAGAGUUAGGUCAGUUUGAAAGGACAUUGAUUGUCGCAGAAGAGGGUAGUUUUGUGGAGUACUUGGAAGGGUGUACUGCACCCAUUUACGAUACUAAUCAGUUACACGCAGCAGUAGUUGAAUUAUAUUGUCAUGAAGGAGCAGAGAUUAAAUAUCUGACAAAGCAGGAUUGGUAUGCUGGUGACGAGCAUGGGAAAGGUGGGAUAUAUAACUUUGUCACCAAGAGGGGACUUUGUGCUGGGGUCAGAUCAAAGAUAUCUUGGACACAGGUGGAAAUAGGAUCAGCAAUUACAUGGAAGUAUCCAAGUGUUGUUCUAGAGGGUGAUGAAUCGGUAGGGGAGUUUCAUUCAGUAGCACUGACUAAUAACUAUCAGCAGGCAGAUACAGGGACAAAGAUGUUACAUAAGGGAAAGAAUACUAGGAGUAGAAUCAUAUCUAAAGGUAUUUCUGCUAGGCAUUCCAGAAAUUGUUAUAGAGGACUUGUGCAGGUAAUGUCAGGUGCAGACGGAGCUAAAAGCUCCUCACAGUGUGAUUCCAUGCUUGUAGGAGAUACUGCAGCUGCAAAUACCUACCCAUACAUUCAGUCUAAGAAUCCUUCUGCUCAGAUUGAACAUGAAGCUACAACAUCAAAAAUCGGUGAAGAUCAGUUGUUUUACUUUCAACAGAGAGGAAUUGACUAUGAGAAUGCCAUGUCGGCUAUGAUAGUAGGAUUCUGUAGAGAUGUAAUCGAUGAUCUUCCAUAUGAAUUUGCUUCUGAAACAAAACAGUUGUUGAGCUUGAAACUAAAAGGAUCUGUUGGUUAG